AUGAACAACAGCGUUUGUUGGCCUUACUUUGAUCCUGACUUUGAUACUCUCCCAGAAAGAUUAUAUGGUCCACCAUGCCGAGUCUGCAUCGACAAUGACAGCAUGAACGGAUGCACAGUGGUGAAGGUAGAUAGUGUUAACAAGGAGGGUCUCCUCCUAGAAGUGGUGCAAGUUUUGACAGACAUGAACCUUCAAAUCUGCAAAAGCUAUAUUUCAUGUGAUGCUGGUUGGUUCAUGGAUGUGUUUCAUGUUAGAGACGAGAAUGGCAACAAACUAACGGAUCAGAAAGCCAUUAACGAAAUCCAACAGGCCCUAGGAAAAUCAAGAGCCUCUCCACCAUCACAACAAUACAGCAACAUCAAUUCAGUCAUCACAACAAUGACUAACUACAAGACCUAUUCCAAUAAAUUCAUUCCUUUACUUUCUAACUCAACUGAACAGUACACAGCAAUUGAAAUGACCGGUAGGGACCGUCCCGGAUUAUUUUCGGAGAUCUCGGCCGCGUUGGUGGAUCUCCGAUGUAACAUAGUUGAAGUCCACGCAUGGAGUCACAAUGCACGACUCGCAUGCGUGGCUUACAUAUCGGAUCAAUCCACCGAUUCUGCUAUUGAGGACCCUUCUCGUUUAACCUCUAUAGAAGAUCACUUGACAACUGUAUUGCGUGCCACCACUAAUCGUAAUGGUGAUGGCACGAGUACUCGUCCAGAUGUCAAGACCUCGGAGUUUUUGGGAGGAGAAGGGAACAUGACUAGUGUGGAACGGAGGUUGCACCAACUUAUGCUUUCAGUUAGGGAUUUUGAGGCUCCCUCUUCUCCUAAAGAGAUGAAGGGAAGGAAAAGAAUGGUGACAAUUGAAAGUUGUGAACAAAAGGGGUAUUCAAUUGUGAACAUUGAGUGUAAGGAUCGUCCCAGGCUCAUGUUUGAUACUGUUUGCACGUUAACAGACAUGCAGUACGUGAUUUUCCAUGCUUCCAUCAGUUCUCAUGGAGGCUAUGCAUUUCAGGAGUAUUUUAUCAGGCACGUAGAUGGAUAUGCUUUAGAUACGGCAAGUGAGAAGGAACGAGUAAUAAAAUGCUUAGAGGCAGCCAUAGAACGCCGGGUUUGUGAGGGAGUUAGGUUAGAGUUGUGUGCAGAGAAUAGAGUAGGGUUACUGUCGGACAUAACACGAGUACUGCGAGAGAAUGGGCUGGUGGUUGUUCGAGCAGACGUUGAAACGCAUGGAGAGAAAUCCGUGAACGCUUUCUAUGUGAAGGACAUAUCAGGGAACGAGGUUGAUGUAGAGUACUUCAGCAACUCGGUGAAGAGAGAGAUGGGUCCAAUCGUCACACUCCAUGUCAAGAAUGACACCACCAGAAGAAAAACACCUUCAAAAUAUUCUCCUCUCUCCUUUGGAGGCAUGCUAAGAUCUCGGAUCGAACGUCUUUCUCAUGGCUUCAUUAUAUGACACUCAACUAGAUUAAUACAGGCCGAUUCAGUGUAAAAUGCUUCCUCACAGCCUUCACUCCCUCCUUGAGCUUCCAAUAUUCAUCCUCGGAAAUCGCAC